AUGCCCAUUCCCCUGAUCGUCCAGGGUGUCACCGAGGGUGUCUCCUCCAUCCCCUUCGCCUGGACGAUCCUCAAGCUCACCCCCUGGAUUCUUGUGAUUGCCGUCCUGAAAUUCUACUUUGGCGGCGCCCGCAAUUCCUCGGAGCGAGUGAUGCACUCCAAGGUCGUUAUGAUCACGGGAGGAACAUCCGGCAUCGGCGCGCAAAUCACACAAUCCCUCGCCGCCCGCGGGGCGCAAAUCAUCCUGCUGACGCAACACAGCCCCUCGGACGUGUUCCUGGUGGAAUACAUCGAGGACCUGCGGCGCACGACCAACAACCAACUCAUCUACGCGGAGCAAGUGGACCUGUCCUCGCUGCACUCGAUCCGCACCUUCGCCACCAAAUGGAUCGACAACGUCACGCCGCGCCGGCUGGACAUGAUCAUCCUGUGCGCCAGCACGAACCCCCCUCAAAAGACCCUGACGGACGACGGCCUCGACGAGGAGUGGCAGGUCAACUACCUGGCCAACUUCCAUCUGCUGAGUAUCCUCGGCCCCGCGCUGCGCGCGCAGCCGGCGCACCGCGACGUGCGCGUCAUCUUCGCGGGGUGCUCGUCGAGUUAUAUCCGGGCGGGCGCGUUUGAUUUGCGGACGACAUCUACAGCCACCAACCACAACAAUAGGAAACAAAAGCAGAGGUCGGAAAGUCUGUUCGGGAUGAGCAAACUCGCCCUCAUGGUGUUUGCGCACUCGUUUCAGAAACAUCUCAACGCCUUCAAGCGGCCGGACGGCCACCCUCCGGCCGCGCGGGUCAUCAUGGUAGACCCCGGGUUCACGCGCACGCCCGGCAUGCGGCGCUGGAUGACGGGCGGGUCGCUGUGGGGUCUGCUGGGGUACCUGGUCACCUGGCCGGUGUGGUGGCUGGUGCUCAAGUCGCCGCAGCAGGGGGCGCAGAGUUUCCUGUACGCGGCGAUGGAGGCGCGCUACGGCCGCGACGAGGGCGGGUGGAUGAUCAAGGAGUGUCGCGAGGUGGAUGUGGCGCGGCGGGAGAUCCAGGACGAGGCCGCGGGCAAGUUGCUGUGGGAGUUCAGUGAGAAGAUGAUCGAGGUCAAGGAGAAGGAGAGUGCCGUGCUGCGGGCGCGGGCCAAGAAGCAGGCGGAACUGGCGGAGGCGGCCGAGCAGAAGGCCGCCGCCGCGCCCAAGGCACAGACCCCUGGGUCGAGGAGGAGUCGGAAGGGCAAUGGCAGUAGCGAGAGUGGUAAAUAG